AUGACCGGUAUUGAGGACCUUUUCCGGCAGAGUGCUAAUUUCUAUGGUGUUCGGCUCUCCGCUGAAAUGACAAAGAAGAUAGAAUUCAUCAUUUGCCAGUGCAAACCCAGUACACAGGAUAAACAUUUCGAGUGGUUCUCAAAUUCGUUCUUCCGCGGGCCGGAUGGUUUGAGUCUUCGAGCAGAAGCGAUCCGCUAUGUGCUUUAUUUUUUCAAGCCGGAUAUGCCAUCUCAUGUGCUCGACGCUCGUAGCCAUUUCCUCUACUAUUUGCUAACGAGUUUCCCUCCCAAUACUGAUGUUGAACAGCAGUGGUGCAAGACUGUCGUAUGGUUUGAUUGGCUUACUUAUGAUGCUCAUACGUUAGUGCAAUUCAUCGAGCCUGUUAUGGGCAUGAUAAGACAAGCCCUUGCAAAUUUGCCAUCAAAAGCGAGUUCAAUGCUGGAGUAUGUCUGCAAAAGUAUCACGUUUAUUUAUCCUCCACGUACAGAAUUGUUCAAAAAGUGUGCAAAUGAUGCUAUGCAGGCUGUGCAUGACUACUAUGGAGGAAACCUUGUCGCAAUUUUGGACAGUCCUCGCAUCGACCGCAAUGUCAGAGAGCUUGUACGGGAAACAUUCGCUGAUUACUUUGCUCGUAAUACCAGCCUUCCAUCGCCGGCAACAGCCCCUUCAAUGCCAUCUCCUGCUCCUCCAGCUGCUGCGCAGCCACCGCCACCAGCCAGGCCUCUAACCGCAACGGCCCCCAAUUCAAAUCAUGCACCUGUUGCUAAAGAAAAGUUCCGAUUGAAGGAUAGGGACAAGAAUAAGGAAAACGACAGAGACGAUAAGGAAAGAGGAAAAGUGAAUAAAACGCCAAGUCCACCGAAUGGCACUUUGAUUACAUCAAAAAUGGAUGAGACCAAGAAGAAGGAGCGAGAAAAAGAGAUUGAUGAGUUGAUGGAGCAACUACGAGACGAUUUCAAAACUACAAUGAUGACCUUGAGAGAGGCUUUCCGAGAAACUGAGGACGACAGCGAACGAGGCGAAGCUGUACAAAAAUUGCUGCAGAAACUUUUAGAAAAUGAGGAUUCCAUUGAUGAGGAGCAACUCGAGAUAGUGGCGCACUGUGUUCAACUGGUAAUGGGUAGUCCAGUAGAAGGCAAUCGUCGAUCGAUACUUCCAGAUCCUGUGACAGAAGACUCCCUUCGCAGACUCAUUCGCCCAUCCUUUAUUUAUAAUCUUCCGAAAUCUCUGUUAUACCCCGGAUACGGACACAACUACGCGAUCUCUAAUGGUAAACAUGAUCGCAACUAUGCGGGAUUAUGA